AUGUUGGACUUACAAGCCCGAGUCUUACACCAUGACUCGUCUAAAAAAUUAUUUGGUGAUGUGCUUGAAUUGGCACGUCAACUCAUCCUCGGACUCAUCAAUGAUGCUGAAAAAGAGGCUCGACACAGCAUUGAUCAAGCGAAAUACGAGACGCUCACUUUCAUCGACGCACUCCGCAAUGUGGCUUUCGCGAUUCUCCUACAAACCAGUAACCUAACACUGUCAUUUGUCAAUGAGAUCCAACGAAAAGCUGAAGAGUAUGAGGCGAGUGUUAUCGAAAUGAUUGACAGUUUGCACACUUUACCAAGAAUCACUGAAUUCACUGUGCAUGAGGCUCUUUUUGGCGGGGCAACGAUAUUUCAUGACCCUGGCAGCUUCGUCGACAUCUUGUUGACCGUCUUAGAUGCACUUGUUCUGUCGUCAAUUUGGCUAAUGUUAUUGAUGGUUCGUCGUGACUUCAUUCAUCUCUUUUUUGGGAUCAUUUCCUCACUUUUCUCUCUCCAUCUCCUCUCUCGAUUCACGAAUUUGUUGAUCUACGCGAGCUAUGGGCAACUGGAAUUCGAACACUUCGUUGUAUAUGACAUUUGUUUUGUCAAGGACGACGAUAUUAUUUCUAUCGUUUGGCUCAAUGGCACUCCAUCUAAUCGCCCUGGCCACGCAUCUGAAUCGACGACCGCCAAAGUUUUUAGAUUGGAAGAUCUAUCUCCCAUUGGUCGUCCUGUGUUUGUCCCUCUCGAUCCUCUCAAUCUCCGAGGCUCCAUUGCGAUUCUGAUCUUUCUUUUGUGUCCUUGCAAACACGCGAAGUAUUCUCGAUUUGAGAAAGACAUCGCUGUGAAAGAUGCAAAAAGCAACUUGAUCGGGGUCUUGAUUUUCUAUUGUUUCAUCACUUUACCAUUCAUCGUUUUCGAUAUAGGGACAAAUCUUGGCGUUGCGGCAUUGACAAAAUUCACUGAAGAGGCUCAGCAAAAAUUCGCCAUGGAAAGUGUGGAAAGAAGCGAAAAAGUUGCCCGUCGAACUACCAAGAGAGGAAACUCUGAAGAAAUGGCGGAAAAGCAAACGACUACCGUCUAC